GAAAUUUCCUCUGCCGUUGCCGGAGACUGGUUCCAUUGGGUUUUCGUGAGCUAUUCCUACCUUUCUAACGAAGGAAGCUGUGAUCUUUCACUUGAGAUCACGUUUCCUGGGCUUAUUCGCUUCUGUGUGUUGCUUUACAAGAUGGCAUCUGCGACUCUUAGGAGACGGCUUCAUCACGGGGAUGUAGAUGGGAGGAAGUAUGAACGUUAUGAUGCUACUGACUCCGAGACUUUAAGCGAGCCUUUGUUGGGAAGUAGUAGCGAUAGUAAAGAUGCGUACCAUGAGGAACAUAGUCUGGAGGAUAUUUGGGAAGAAGAACGGAAGAGACAGCAAGUUCAUUGGACGUUAAUCUUUUCUCAGUUGAUUGCACAAUGGGCUCAGUGGAUAGCCAAAGUUGUGUUUGGAUCCGGCUCGCUUUUUGGGAGGUUCCUUUCUCUGCCUCAUAAAGGUUCUGGUGGAAAGCUUUUGCCACCGCCUCUUACUAUGUUGCAGGAAGAAAGGCUGAGAAACAUUAAGCGAAGGAUAGAAAUACCCUUUGAUGGAUCUCGAAUGGAGCAUCAAGAUGCACUUAGACAACUAUGGAGGUUAGCAUAUCCACAAAGAGAACUACCACCUCUUAAAUCUGAACUCUGGAAGGAAAUGGGAUGGCAAGGAACAGACCCUUCAACAGAUUUUCGAGGUGGAGGAUAUAUAUCACUGGAGAAUCUGAUUUACUUUGCAAAGACCUAUCCGGAAGCAUUCCAUAGAUUGUUACAUAAACAAGAUGGGACACGAGCAGAAUGGGAAUAUCCUUUCGCAGUUGCUGGCAUCAAUAUCUCAUUCAUGCUAGCACAAAUGUUAGAUCUUCAAUCAGGUAAGCCAUCAACGAUGGCGGGGAUAAGGUUCUUGGAGUUUCUAGAGAAAGAUGAAAUGGCGUUCGAUAAUCUUUACUGUGUAGCUUUCCAAAUGAUGGACUCACAAUGGCUUGCAAAACGAGCUUCUUACAUGGAAUUCAAUGACGUUCUGAAAGCAACGAGAGCACAGUUGGAGCAUGAGCUGACGAGGGAGGAUGUUUUUAGCAUUAAAGAUUUACUUCCUUUCAAACUUUUGAACAAAUAA